AUGGCGACGGCGGCACGAGGGAAACGAAUGCAACAGCGACAGGUCACCCUGAUUUUCUGCACUUGCUCACAUUGUGAGGACCAAAACGAAACCUUCACCACCAUCAUCGUGUCUUCCUCAGCUUCGCAAAGGAUUUCAUUGGGAGCUACUCUUGUGUAA